AUCUGAACAGGGGUUGGCUAAGAGCAAAGGUCCUGCGGGGAAGAGGGCUUGACUGGGCUGGCUGGGGCCUGAACAGAGCACAGGGAGCACCCAAGUAGGACCAGAGGACGACGUGUGCGCAGCAAGGAGCUUGCAGAGGAACAUGGCCCUGCUCCGGGGGCUUCUGGUGCUCCUGGUGCUCAGCUUAUCCUGCCUGCCAGGCCCGUGCUCCGUGUUCUCUCCCGUGAGCGCCCUGGAGGCCUCCGGCCAGCAGUUAAUUAAUGGGCAGACCCAGGAGAAGGUGUCCCCGUUAACCCUCCUCAAGUUGGGCAACCAGCUGCCCGGUGGCCAGACACCCUUGAAGAUGUCCCCAGAAGUCUGCAAGGGAUCUCCAACUCCAGAGCAGACCCACAGGCUGGCUCAGGCCAUGAUGGCCUUCACUGUUGACCUAUUCUCCCUGGUGGCCCAAACAUCCGCCUGUCCCAACCUCAUCCUGUCACCCCUGAGUGUGGCCCUGGCAUUGUCUCACCUGGCACUAGGUGCUCAGAACCAAACACUGCAGAGGCUACAGCAGGUGCUGCAUGCAGAGUCAGGGCCAUGUCUCCCCCACCUGCUGAGCCACCUCUGCCGGAACCUGGGCCCUGGGGCAUUCCGAUUGGCUGCCAGAAUGUAUGUGCAGAAAGGAUUUCCUGUCAAAGAAGAUUUCCUGGAACAAUCAGAACAGCUUUUUGGUGCAAAGCCCAUGAGCCUGACAGGAAGGCAGGAGGAGGACCUGGCAAACAUCAACCAAUGGGUGAAAGAGGCCACGGAGGGGAAGAUUGAGGAAUUCCUCUCAGAGCUGCCAGAUAAGACGGUGUUGCUUCUCCUCAAUGCCAUCCACUUUCAGGGUUUCUGGAGGAGCAAGUUUGACCCAAGCCUCACACAGAGAGACUCCUUCCACCUGGACGAAAAGUUCACGGUGCCAGUGGAGAUGAUGCAAGCCCGCACAUACCCUCUGCGAUGGUUCUUGUUGGAGCAGCCUGAGAUACAGGUGGCUCACUUCCCCUUUAAGAACAACAUGAGCUUUGUGGUUGUUGUGCCCACCUAUUUCGAGUGGAAUGCAUCCCAGGUGCUGGCCAACCUAAGCUGGGACAUUCUGCACCAGCCCUCACUGCGGGAGAGGCCCACCAAGGUCCGGCUGCCUAAGCUACAUCUGAAACAUGAAAUGGACCUGGUGGGCACCCUCAGCCAGCUGGGCCUGCAGGAGCUGUUCCAGGCCCCCGACCUGCGUGGGAUCUCAGACGAGAGCCUGGUGGUGUCCAGCGUGCUGCAUCAGUCCACACUGGAGCUCAGCGAAGUUGGUGUGGAGGCCGCUGCAGCAACCAGUACGGCCAUGUCCCGUAUGUCCUUCUCCUCCUUCAGUGUGAACCGCCCCUUCCUCUUCUUCAUUUUUGAGGAUACCACAGGCCUGCCCCUCUUUGUGGGCAGUGUGAGGAACCCCAACCCUAGUGCACAGCGGGAACUCAAGGAGCAGCAGGAUUCCCCUGACAACAAGGAUUUCCUCCUGGAUCAGAAAGCCUUCCCCCACGGGGACAAGCUCUUCUACCCUGAUUUGAAACUUGCGCCCCCCUUGGAGGAGGAUUACUCCCAGCCCAGCAGCCCCAAGUGAGGGCUGUGGCCACCAGCAUCCUGAGUCCCUGCCUGGACCAGCCUCUCAACUCAUGUGACUCUUUCCAGCCAGCUAAGUGGGACUGAGGGAGAGGAGCCAUUCCUUCCCAUUGCCUCUUUGGGAGUUCAGAGUGGGGUGGGGGUGGGAGGAGGGCAGGCUCUUGAGAAUUCUGGGCCUGAUCCCUCCUCAUCUCUUCCAAAGGGGCUUAGAAGGCAUCCUAUUCUGAGGCUUGGGCAGUGGCAGGGCAGCUGGGAAUCCUCCACUUUUGUUUACCAGAGAGGGAAGGAUGCAAGGGAGAGGCUGCCUUUGGACACCUCCCAGGACACUUUAGAUGGGGUGAAGAGAGACAGGCCCUAGUGGUAGCUCAGGAGCCAGUGUGUUGUCCCAGCCUCUCCUGGGGCCUUGUGUCCUGCUCUGUAGGUGGCAUAACCUGACUCUAAUGUAAGUUGCUGAAGCCUGCCAGCCCCAACACCCUGUUGCCCUAAUCUCCCCACUGUUCCUUGGAGAUGCCAGCACUGCCAGGAUUCCUCUUCCCUCCUCUCUCCUGUCUUCCUCCUCUGCCCAGUAGCUCAGGAGCUAAGGCAGGGAAGGGCCCCAUUAGCUCCCUAAGGCUCUUUUGUAAAGUUUUUGUAGUGAUUUUUAUGCCACCUGAAUAAAGAAUGAAUGGCUGUG